CCUGAUGUGCCUGGAGCCCCAGGUGCCACCCUGACUGCAAUCUUGGGAGGCCUGGUACACUGCCUAUGGGAGCCCCUCUGGACUUUUGACCCACCGAAACUAAUAAAUGAUCAAAUACAUUGAUGCUGUCGUGAACUAGGGUUUUCACUGAGGGAGAAGGAAGAUAUAAAUAUGGAAAGAAGGAGACUUUCUGAUGUUGGAUUUUGACAUGGAGGGAAGACCCUGUCGGAGGCUAUGUUUCUCUGAUCCAGGAGAAGGGACAGUGGUGAAGAUGUCUGCCCUCAACUGGAAGCCCUUUGUGUACGGAGGGCUGGCCUCCAUUACAGCGGAAUGCGGUACUUUUCCAAUUGACUUAACCAAGACCCGGCUCCAGAUUCAAGGCCAGACAAAUGAUGCAAACUUCAAAGAAAUCAGGUAUCGAGGAAUGUUGCACGCGUUAGUGCGGAUAGGCAAAGAAGAAGGGCUGAAAGCUCUGUACUCAGGGAUCGCCCCUGCGAUGUUACGCCAGGCUUCCUAUGGCACUAUCAAGAUAGGCACUUACCAGAGCUUGAAGCGACUGUUUGUGGAACACCAAGAAGAUGAAACUCUACUGAUAAAUGUGGUGUGUGGAAUUCUCUCUGGAGUCAUAUCCUCAACCAUCGCUAAUCCAACUGAUGUUUUGAAAAUUCGGAUGCAGGCACAGAGCAGCACGAUUCAAGGUGGGAUGAUAGGCAACUUCGUUAACAUUUACCAGCAAGAGGGAGCAAGGGGCCUGUGGAAGGGCGUGUCCCUUACGGCCCAGAGGGCUGCCAUCGUUGUUGGCGUGGAGCUGCCAGUCUAUGACCUCACCAAGAAGCAUCUGAUUCUCUCGGGCCUCAUGGGAGACACUGUGUAUACCCACUUCCUCUCAAGUUUCACCUGUGGUCUGGCUGGGGCCCUGGCCUCCAACCCUGUGGAUGUUGUGAGAACACGUAUGAUGAAUCAGAGAGUCCUACGGGAUGGCACGUGCUCUGGCUACACAGGUACCCUGGACUGCUUAUUACAGACAUGGAAGAAUGAAGGGUUUUUUGCUCUGUAUAAAGGAUUUUGGCCAAAUUGGUUGAGACUUGGUCCUUGGAAUAUCAUUUUCUUUGUGACCUAUGAGCAGUUGAAGAAAUUGGACUUGUGACAAGUCAAGGCUGCAUGAGACAGCGCUCUGAAAACACUCCCUUUUGAACCAAUAAAGCUUCCUGCGUGUCACGCUGCUUCUCACUGCUUGGUUCACCACAGAUUCUGAAGGGGUUAGUUCAGAUUGCUGUGUGUUGGCAGUGGACGCCGUGCAUCGACUGUUUCAUGCUAGAAACUAACAUCCAAACACGAGUCCUUACCAUGCAAGUGCCCUUCGACAUCAAAGACCGCAUGUGGAGCAUACGUUUCUUGCUAAAGAGAACUUGUGAGAAGAUCAGGAACUCGGUGUCGUUUUCUUCAGGGUAAAGCUAAGAAUGCCAGGCUGCUCUAGAGAAGCUCAUCGGAACCAUGGAAUAGAGCCUCCAAGAGGGUGUUGUUAUUCCUGAACUGGGGACUGUCCCUUCUCGUCAGCUGAAGAACCUUCACACAUGGAGACCUGGCCCUUUCAAUUCCAGGUGGAAACAGUACAGGAAACAGAGCCCUGGAACAUUGCCCUGCUUUAUAAUUUCUUAUUUUGGCAGGAUCCUUCACUUAAAAUAAGUGAUUUUCGGCCUUCGAAGGCUUGACCUUUGUGAGGAAUUGUUAGGAAGUAUUAAUCUCUAAAUCCAUGACGGUGGGAUGUGUUGGCUUUUGAACAUGGCAGGGUCCAUGUUGAUGGAAGAUCUUUGAGGCAGCUGGGGUUCAGUCUUAGGUAAUGUUAGCAGUUUGCUCUGAUUUUUAGCAAAGUUUAUUAUUUCUGUAAAAUGGGGACGAUAACCUGUAUUGAUAUGGAGGGUCAAAUGAAGACAAGAAUAGCUUCUAGUUGCCUGCAUGGUGGGUAGGCGAUGGACCUCAGCCCUGCUGUCGUCCCGCCAGAAUCCCAGCAUCAACAGGCUGGUGUAAAGAAGAGAGAGAGGUUUCAUGAUGGGACUCUCACUGGAAUCCCUAGCAAAGCCCCUCGCCAAGGCCUUGUGAAAAAAGAGAACACGGUCUAAGUUUUAUUAUGUUUUCCGUAGCAAGAUGUUGUGAGGGAAUCAGAGUUGAUUUUUCCGGAUUUCUCAGUUUUUACUUUAGUUCAGGUUAUCUAUUAAGGUAUGUCCUGUUAUAUUAAGGAAGUUAUAUUAAGGAAGUCCUCAGACUUCCUGUUCAGUUUGGUUGGAAAACACUUGCUUGAAAAUUUAGAAACUAUCUCUUCAGUGCUGCACCUGUUUUCCGGUUUCUGAAAAAAAUAUAUAGCAUCUUCCUUUCUUUCCCCAAGACAACAAAAAUUGUUCUCCCUCUUCUUUCUCACCUUCGUCUUGUUCUUUUCAAACUACAAAGUGACUCUGAGAACCCGAAGAACUUUACACUUCUCGAAGACAGCCCAGGGAAGGGGACGUAUUUACUUGGGUACCUUCAGUUCUUCCAUUCGAGAACAUGACACACUGACGGGGGCUCUGGGAUGGACCCUCCUACUAAAGUAUUUGCGGGGCAGGUUCUCAGUUUGUUCCCACCCUGGAUCACCACUUUCCUUGUACCCAGCACUGAAGGUGUGUAGGUUUCUCUUCCGGAUGGGGCCUUUUCCCUGCCAAUCACUUUCACGUUGCCUUCUCUAUGAACGUUUACUUGGAAAAAGAUAUCGUGAGGUAGAAAGGUUAUUUCCAAACUCGAGACAAAGUCAUUAAGAAGAGAAGUGGUGGAGUGGCGUGUAGGUGUUUGGUUAAAGACUUAGUUGAAAGUCCAGAUCCCCUCGCCCACUCUAGACGUGACUGCAGAGCAAGCGCACUGGGGCCUGGCUCCUGGUACUGAACCAUUAUCUUUAGACAGAGAUUUUUUUUCUUCUUACCAAAACAUUCCAUUGACCUGGUCAGGGCUUUCUCAGAAAGGCUUUCACUUUUGGGUUCCUCUAGUUCAAAGGAUUACUUUUUUAAGAACCACUUUUUUUUUUUUUUUAAAUGAAGAAAACAUUGUAUUUUUGAAGUGUACAUUAAAUUUCUAAAAUAGUAGAAGCAAGUUCAUUUUGAAGACCAAGAGUCAACGUCAUGCAAUGUUGAUUGUAUCAAUUUAUUCAGAUUAUGUACAUGUUCAUACCAGGAUGAAAAGAAACGGAAACCUCACUAUAAAAGUUGAGCACAUUUUUUAAAGACAAAAAUGAAGUAUUUCUCCAGGGUAGAUUUAUAAAACACGUUAUAUAGAACAGGAUCUUCACCUGUUCUGGUUUUUCUGCUUCCUGAAGGAGUUCAUGCAAUUGUUAAGCUUCUAACCAAGAGAGAACUUAAGGACUUGGAGAGUCAGUGCCCUUAUUUUCAGGGGUGUGACUACAAGCCCCCAGCCCCCUUGGAUAUUGCUUAAAUGUGGCAAAAGGAUUUUUAGCUUUUAUAACUAAAAUGAAGAUCAUGGAUUUUUUUUUUGUCUGCUCCUGGAUUUGUAUAAUCAUCGAUGCUGAAUGUUGCCGAUCUGUGAUAUAAAAAGGCUCCUGUUCUCCAUAUUUAUUCAUGAGCUAGAAAUAGUAUGUAUUAUGUAAAGACUAUACAUUUUUCAUAAGCCUUUAUAUCUCAAGCUCUUUUAUUUAAGCAUUGUUGGAAUAUGUGGUAUAAGCUUUGUUUCAUUGUUUAAUAAACUGAAAUAAUACAUAACAAUCCAAAUGAUUUGUGUUUAUUUUGGAGAAAUAGAAACCUUUAAACAAA